AAAACUACGCCCCAUUUCUCUGUCAACUCUCACCACGGCCCCCUCUCUGCACCCCCAGCCUUCUCUGUGUGGCAGUCGGUUGCUACUCAACCGCUCCCUCUAGUACAGCCGCGUGCCUCUCGCCGAUCGUCUCUCUUGUCUCCACGCUGUUGUCGUCGUUGCUGUCUACGCUCUCCUCCGCCGCUCCCUUUGGUCCUCGUUGUUGCGUCCGCCAGUCUAUCCGCCGUCCGGUGUCUCUCCUCGCCGCUGAUCCUCGUCCUCAGUCACGCCGGUGGUGCUCCUCGCCACUCGUUUAUGUCCUCUAUCACUACAGGCCAGAAAAACCCUAAAUCCUUAAAAAAAAGGUUCUUUCAGGGACAGGUUUGCUGGGAGAAUGGACUCGGAAGAAAUGGACCCAGAAAUUGUGCUAUGGAUCAUUGAGUUCCUCACUCGACAGGACUCAGUCCCGAAAGUUCUUCUUAACAGGAUUCUCACAAAUACCCAUAUCCCAAUUUCACCAACUCCACGCUUGAAGAAGACACUCGCUCUCCGUGCAAUUCAGGAUGAAAUUGCCAGUGGCUCUGUUGCCUCUGAAACCAUUCUUGAAUCCCUUGAAAUCAUAGAACAACUGGAUCAGAAGCAGAGAAUCAAGAUCCUAGACUCCAUGAAGCUCGCAUACUGCGCGGUGGCUGUGGAAUGCACAGUGAAGCACAUGUGGGUUGUGGGAAGCAAACGCAAGCGUGACCCUGAGACAUUUUUCGAGGCAGUCAAGACAAUUUGGAGGGAGAGAGUUGAAAAGCUGGAGUUUUUGAAGAAAAGCGAGUUGGUUACUGAUGAGUUGAGGGAGUUUAAGGAAGAGAUGGAGGCGGCUUUGUGGGAUUCGAAUGCGUGUGAGAGGUUGUUGGAGAGGGCUAUGCGAAAUGAAGCGCUAAGGCUGGUUAUGGAUUACUUGAGGGAAGCUUUGGAUGAAAUGGGUCCUCCACUUCUUGAAAUGCUUGCCAGAACUGAGAAGGAAAGGGAAGAGGAAGAAAAGGAUGCUGAUAAUGUUGGGGAGAAAGCAAGCAGGGAACCGGAUGGAGGUGUUGCAGAUGGUUCUGCAAAGAUGGAAACUCAGAGCAAUGAUAUGUUUCAUACUGUCAACAACCUUAAAGGACCAGGUGUCAUUAUGGAUUCUGAAAAGGUGGGUGUGGACAUUCCUACAUACAAAUAUGAUAAUCUUCCUACUCCUGAAGUUAAUAGAGCGAAAGAAGCACUUAAAUCCAGCUCCAUGGAGUUAAAAGCAUUAUUGAACGACCCUCUUCCCAAUGCUUUAAAUUUCUCCGAGUCUUUAAUGCCUGAAAGACAAGCAUUGAAUAAGGAGAUUUUAGUAGAAGAUCAGGUUGGGAAGCGUGUAGAUGUGCCCAAUCCAUCUGUUGAUGUUGUGGUGCCAGUAGAAAUACCCAAUCCAUCAGUUACUCAAGCUAUUGAACCCAUUCAAACUAUGAAGAACAGUGCUGGAAUUCCAAUUUACAACCAUCAGAAUGUUGCCCCCAAACGCAGCUUAAUGGAGUAUAAUAGUACUGCUCGUACCUAUGAGUGGGAUGAUUCAAUCGAUGGCUCACCUGAAGAUGCCAGUGGCAUGAGCAGAUUUAAUUUAGAUAAGCCAAGGACUAAGGUUGUGUCUCCAUUGAAGGAGUAUAAAAUCCCAAAGUUUGCUGGAAGGAGAAAAUUCAAGAGGUGGAGCGUAGAAGAGGAAGAUGCAUUGAGGGAGGGUGUGAAAAUGUUUGGUAGAGGAAGCUGGAAGGCUAUCCUAGACUUUAAGCGUGACAUAUUCGACGACAGAACUGAGGUUGAUUUGAAGGACAAAUGGAGAAACAUGACAAAAUAGCAACCUGCAAAGCGUAUUUUGUUAAUUUUGAUGAAGGUAUAUAAAACUGUAUAUAAGCAGGUCUGAUGUCUUGUGUCUCUUUUUUGUGAAGAUGUAUGUAAAGCCUAAUCUGCAACUUGGUUCAUAUAAAGCGGACUAACCUAGUUUUGUGUUGAAGAUGUAUAUAACCCUGCAUAACUGCAUAGUAGGAUGGUUCACCAUGUAAAAUUUUGUCUGCUAGAUAUAGGGUGUAUGGCGAGUCACUCUGGGUUUUAAUUUGUAGUUCUUGCCUGACUAUUUCCCAUAGGAUGAAGUAUUUGUAUUUACUCACAUUUUGCUUUGCUAGCUUAGACUGAUGCUGGGCGAUUUUUAUGUUCUUUUUUCAAGCUACACACGGAAUCUGAGGAGUGAAAAACAUUGACAAAUUGUUAAUGGGUGUUGAUUAUAGUUUCUACAUGUGAUUUUCUUGCCCUUUCA